AUGGAUUACGAUACAAGCGUUUUUCCUCCGAACCACCCCUUGCGAGCAUAUCUUCGCGAUCUUAAUUUAGACGAUAUUGAUGAAUUUGAUCCAUAUGAUAUUUCCCCAGAUGAUGAACCUCCGAAAAAAGUUACUAAAGAGCCUUCCUUUCCUGCUCGCGUUUACAAAUAUAUCAUGUGGUUUUUUUGUUAUAUUGAUUUAUUUCCCAGGAAGCAUUUACUCGACAGGCUUAUUAAAUCUGGCUACAUUCUUAGUUGUGAUCGAGUGCAGUUACAGGAUUAUAGAAAGGAACUUGAAGGCCGUAGUUUCUGCCAAAUUUCCUACUUCACAGUUUUAUACUCAAUUCCUUUUCUCCUGGCAAUACUAUUUGCAGAUUUUACCAGUUUAUCCUUAUUGAUAGGAAUUUUCAUGUCUAUCCUAUUAAUUUCCAACUUUCUUUUCACAAUCAGCAAUAUUAUUUUGGUCAAAUAUUCUGUUAUCGAAAUGGAAAUUCUUUUCUCAAGUUUGAUAAAGUCGGUAAAGUUCUUGCGUGGAUUAACUGGUGUUGAGAUGGGCUUCAUCUUUGCCGGGAGAGGCUGUAUUGGUCGUAAACAACUCAGCGCAACUGUCCUUCCGAAGCUUACAGCAAAAUUAUAUGAUGCUGUCAAAAUAUAUACAUCUGAACUUCUUUCGUCUUCCCAGAAAGCCAAUAAAAUUAUUCGAUCAUGCGAUUUCCUAUCAUCUCGAUUAGCAGAAAUAGCUAUUUUCUGUGAUGCUGCUGAGAAUGAUCUAACGGAAGCUUUAAGUGGCGAAAACAAUCUUCGGAACACUAAGAUUCUUCUUGAAGCUGCCUUCGAACUGAAUUCUGAAAUGACAAGAGUAUUGGGAUACUUCUUUACUGCUCAUUUCCGUAAAUCAACUAUAGUUAGUCUUAAGAUGAUGCAACUGCUAGGACUGUGGUCAUUGGGCAUUUUUCGAGCGAAACGUAAUAUGGCAUCUGUUGAGAUGAUGCAAACAAAUCUACUGAAAGGUCAGAUUUCAUCAGACGAAUCUUCUGGAAUUGUUUCUGAAUCAUCUGCUUCGUGGACUGAAACUUCGGACGUAACUAAAAUGCUAUCUGCUCUUACCAACCUUCAUCUCAAUGUUUUGGCUUGGUCUAUUCGAAUUCAUAAACUACGCGAAAAGGUGGCUGCAGAAUCGAAGGGUGCCUCGCUUCCUGAUCUUGUUGCUGGAGAUCUUGAAUCAAUGCGUUUUCUCCUGAACAGUUGUCAGCUGUGCCUGAAUGAGGCUUCUGCACUUCUUCGACGUGAAUCCGAUGAAUCAUCAUCGUCCCCAUCGCAUCGGGUUGAAACUCUCAAGCCAAGUUCCAGCGAAGGUCCAGUCAAAUUAAUACCGUUGGAUUCUGAGAUAACUGUUGAAUAUGAAUGCUUAGAAGCAUUCGUCGGCGAAGACGAUAACCAGUCGAAUGGUAUGGUUGACGAAUUCUAUGACGAAUUCGAUAAUUUGGGCCGACCGCUCUCAAAAUCUGAGGUUAGUUCCACAUUACUAAUUUCUAUCCGAUUAAACAUUUACUUUGUUUAUCGCAAAUUUGAAUUUUACUCAGGCAAUCUAAGCCUUCAAUUGAAGUAA